AUGGAGACCGUGGUGACUGUGCCUUUACCUCCGCCGAACCAAGCGGCGAUGGACGAGCAACGGAUGCAGUGCAUGGAGCGCGCUGCUGCGACAUCGAACCAGAUGACUUACGAACAGCUGGCGCAGUUCCAUGCGCAGCAAAGUGCCAUGGCGCAACGUCUGGAAGAAGAAACGGCCAUGACCGCGGCGAUGGAGAAGAAUCGCCGGGAACAAGAAGAGUCGCGAGCGGUUCUCUCGCGACAGCAAGAGGAUUUGGUGCGCCAGCACGAAGAGCUGAAGAGAGCGAUGGCUGAGCAAGCCAGAGUCUCAGAAGCGCACCAAGAUAUGCUCCCUCAAGCAUCAAAUGCGAUGACUCAGCAACACUACAAGGUAAAAGAGCUGAAUCAAAAAGUUCGCCGCGACAACAAACGAUGGGCAAGUGCCGUUGGCGCCCACGUAAAGGGAAGCACGAAGCGUGAGCGCCGCGAGUUCAUGGACGAGUACCUCGCAUACUCGCGACUCGUGGAUGUGCUAAACCGCGGCAUGGGUGGAGAGAUUCAGGAAUUGGACCUCGACGCCAUGACGAAGGCCAUGGCGUCGUUGAAGAUGGACACGAAGAUUCGUGAUGCCGAGUCGCGGGUGGGAAGACUGCUGGCCGACUUCUACGAGAAGUUGGAGCAACUGGACGUUGCUCACCUACCGGAGCAAGAGCCGAAGCAGUCGGUGAAGAUAUUGACAGCGGCGAUCCGGCCGCUUCAAUCGACCCGCGAAACGAACAAGGCGUACAAGUCGGACGUGCGUUCGUUUUGCCGUUGGCUUGGCCUGAAGUGUGGCAGAGACGAACACCGGGUAUUCAAGUGCCCCAAGGUGCAGCCAGGUGAAGCCCAGCGUCUGUUGGAUCAGCGCUUCAAAAAACCUCACGGGGCGUCAUCCGCAGCAUCGGAGAAGAGGAACGACGCCAAGCGCAAGUUUAUUGGCGCUGACGUGGACCCCCAGGACGCGUUGGUUAUUGACUGUCCACGCACGAUUGCGUGUGAUGUCAAUGACGUGACGGCGUUGGCGCUCUUGGACAGCGGGGCCGAUAAAUCGGUAGUGUCGCCAACGUUCCUGGCGCGCGUCGAACAUGUCGGUAACUUUACGUUGGCGGUGCGCCAACUGUACCGACCAAUCGAGUUGGGCGGCUUCAUGGAGGCCAUGAAGCUUACAGUGGACCGCGAAGUCAAGCUGCGGUUGACGUUGACACUGCCGAAGGAACGUUGGUGUUAUCGAACCUGA